UCAUGUUCCUUGGAUAAUCUGACUCGAAGCCUUUCUGAAUGCAUGUCCAACCCGCCCAUAAUUACUUCCGACUAAUCUAUGCCGGCAUUUCGGAAAGCUUCCGAUCGGGCGUCCUCGAAAAUGCGGCCUGAAGUUGCCCAAAAUCAUCGUCAAUCGCAAUCAGCUACCAGUGAAAGUCGAUGGACAAGCUAAGACAAUAGCCUGGCGAUUUAGACACACCUUGACGACGUACUUUCACCAGACAUAGAGGCUCAAGAUGACCAAGUGCAUCGGUUGUAAAGACAAGGAGGCUUCACGGCUGGAAUGCCCGACUUGUAAAAAACUCGGAAUUCCUGGGUCCUUCUUCUGCGAGCAGGAGUGCUUCAAGAAGAACUGGGGCACCCAUAAGCAAGUGCACGCUUUUAUGCAGUCGCUGGCCGCUGCCAAUGCUUCAGCCGUCAGCUCAGGAGUGGAUGCCAAGGGAAUACCAACCUCUAUGUCGGGAUUCAAGUGGACGGGGCCUACACGACCAAAGUACCCUCUGAGCGCUACGCGCGUGGUACCGCCUCACAUCGUUCGACCGGACUAUGCUGAUCACCCUCAAGGAGAGUGUAUAAGCGAAGCCCGAGGCGCUCACCGAAACAGGGUCUUGAAUAGCACCGAAAUCGAGGCCAUGCGAAAAGUCUGCCGACUCACUAGGGAAGUUCUGGAUGCCAUAGCCGCUCAUAUUCGACCUGGUGUGACGAGUGACGAGUUGGAUGCCAUCUGCCAUGAAGAGUGCAUCAAAAGGGAUAGUUAUCCGAGCCCAUUGAACUACCGAUGUUUCCCCAAGAGUGUCUGCAUCUCAGUAAAUGAAGUGAUCUGCCACGGUAUCCCUGACCAAAGGCCUCUAGUCGAAGGAGACAUCGUAAAUCUGGACGUAUCGCUUUAUCACGGAGGUUUCCAUGGAGACGUGAACGCAACCUACCCAGUCGGGCAGGUGAGCGAGGAAGAUGCGACCCUUAUUGCCACCACAAAAGAGGCUACCGAGAGCGCAAUUGCCAUGUGCAAGCCCGGUGUGCUGUACAGGGAUAUUGGAAACAAGAUCGAAUCGAUCGUCAAGCCCAAGGGCUAUGGUAUCGUCCGACAAUAUACCGCUCACGGCAUCAACCAGCUCUUUCACUGCGCACCUUACCCAGUGCAUUAUGGAGGAUCAAAGACCCCGGGUAAGAUGGAGGCUGGUCAGAUCUUCACCAUCGAGCCCAUGAUCAACGGUGGUGUCGCAUCCCUUGACCACUGGAGAGACAACUGGACUGCCGUGACAAAAGACGGCAAGAAGAGUGCUCAAUUUGAAGAGACCAUCCUAAUCACCGAGACUGGCGCCGAAGUCCUGACGAGGCCAGGAUCUGUGAUCAAGGAUGGACGCAUCGUCGACCCUGUUAAGGCUUGAGGCAUUGUAUGCGAUUAGAGGAUAUACAUGCAACAGAG